ACCAGAUGGUUCGCUAGUGUAAUGCUAGCGCACCUCAAAUUUUGCACAUGGCAUAUCUUCUAUUCGGUCCACGAGCAGGAAGAACAUCUCGUUGGCUGCGUCGCUGUCGUCAACCUCGUUGAUCCCACGUCAACUCAAACAUCUACAAAGUCUUGUGGCGAUAAAUAUAGGGAGCUCGGCGGGAGCCUCUACCAAGCCUCUACCCAGCUUUCCUCACCCUGGGCCCUGGUCAAAAUCCAAUGCUGUCUUUACUUCUGAUAGUUUCUGCCAUUCUUCUCCCGAUUCUUGCAUCUGCGGAAUACUCCUGUGACUCAGGAAUAACUAUGUGUUGCUCCAACACCACGACUACAAACACAACAACCGCUGAAAAAAUCAUCGCUGCAUAUUCUAUCAGCGAGUCUGGGUUAAGCGGUCUUAUCGGCUACGGAUGCAGUGCUAUCAAAACCACGGAUAAUGGAAGCGUUUCAGCGUGUAUCAACGAGACUGCUUGUUGCACCGGGCAGUACUAUAGUGGUGGGAUUGCUGUCAAUUGUACCGCCACUGUGAGUGUGUAAAGGUCCAUGAACUUCCCCCUGAAGAAACAUUGCUUUGACGUGCCCAAUUCGAAGGAGUGUAAUCUACCUGU